CUCAUAAUCACUAAUUCUUGUUCGACACUCACUUAUUUGUCCACAUAUACAGCCCCCAUUGGCCAUUGGGCGGAGAAUAUAGCAUGCAAAGCGUCGAUCAAGCUCGUAUCCGUCUGUGCUAAGCCCAAGUUUCAGAUACAGUGCAGCAACGUUGCCUUGGAAUUUCAACGGUCAACGCCAAAGAAGAUUCUGGCGCAGCCACAAAGAAUGUUCAACUCGUAGCAAGAAGCGUGAUCGGCAUUUGGAAAUUGAUUGAGGCGAGCUAUGACGGAUGCCAUGUCAUGUCCAUGAGCUGUAAAUAGAUCUUGGCCGUGGACGGAGAUGCAAGGGUUCCUGUUGUUUGUAUCCAUUCACGUUGGACACGCAUGAAUAAUAUGAUAUUAGAGUUGAGUGUUGUAUAUGUAUAUAAAGGAUCACCGACUCUUCAACUGAAUCCUUCCUGUUCUCCUGCACUCAGCUCAACUCCAUCCUAUACACACAACCACUUCAACUACACACCUCUUUACAACCUUCAUUAUGCGUUUCUCUAUCGCCGCCGCUUCCACCGCUCUCCUCGCUCUCGCCGAGGCCCGCAUCACCGGUAUCAAGGUCCCCAAGGAGAUCGCAGUCGGUGAGCCCUUCGAGGCCAUCAUCGUUCGCGAGAACUACAUCCAGAGCGUCUUCGAUUCCUCCAUCGUCUUUGGCUAUGCUCCUGAGGCUCAAUACCCUGGCACCAUCGGCCAGAUCGCCGAUUCCUUCGCCCUCGGAAAGGCCGAGUCUAAUAAGGUCGAGCCUCUGAAGAAGAAACUCACCAUCCCCGAGGGCACGAAGGGUCAGGGCCUCAUCACCGCUGCUCUUUUCAGCAUCUACGGUGCUUCUGGAAGCCCUACCAUUAGCGAGUACAAUGUCACCGUCACUUUCGGUGACAAGACUAGCGACGAGUAUGUUAGCUCAUCGUGAGUUGUUAGAGUUUGAUUGCCUAUGUCAGGGG